AUGGCCAUACGUUGUUAUUCACAAAGUACUCUGACAUUCACGAGACUUAUGACACAAGAGCUAAAGAAGCAGAAGAUGAGCCAAGUCCUGAAGAUCUACAAGCGUUCGGAGAAUGCCACUACACCAACAAAGGGCUCAGCGCUCGCUGCCGGGUACGACCUCUACUCUUCAGAGAAGUCGUUGGUGCCAGCAAGAGGCCAGGCCAUGGUGGCGACUGACAUCUCUGUGAUUGUUCCUGUGGGGACAUACGGUCGUGUUGCACCACGCUCUGGACUCGCGGUGAAGCAUGGUAUCUCAACAGGUGCCGGUGUUGUUGAUGCUGAUUACAGAGGCGAGGUCAAAGUGGUGUUGUUCAACCACUCUGAGAAGGACUUCGAGAUCAACAAAGGUGACAGAAUAGCCCAAUUGGUUCUGGAGCAGAUUGUCAACGCAGAUAUCGAGGAGAUCACGGAGGCUGAGCUGGAUACUACAGAGCGUGGAGCUGGUGGCUUCGGUUCCACUGGUAAAUAG